CUGCUGCCACUAGCAGACUACGUUUGCAUUCUUGAACCAUUGACAACUCAUGUGUAGAAUUGGCGUGUUUUUAGAAGUUAUUAGUUUAUAAAAUGAAUCAAGCUGAUCUGAGUAAACUAGUUUCGGCAUUGCGAAUUGCAGUGAAACCUAAACCAAGACGUUUUUCGUGCCCGGAAGGUCCAGCUGGUCGCCUGGAAAAAUUGAGAGCUACCGUGACCGCGCUUGUGAAGUAUGAGCGAAUAGAGUUAAACCACCCAAGAGCAGAAGAAGCACAGGGAUACGCAGAAAGGUUGAUUUCUGAUGCCAUCCGUAAUGGGGAUUGCCACAAACAUACCAUGGAAAUGGCAGAUUACUGGUUAAAUGAAAAGCAACUUGUCCACAAAUUGUUCAAAGUUUUAGUUCCAAGAUAUCAAAACUACAAUUCAUCUUUUACAAGGCUUGUUCUUGGACCAAAAACUUAUCCAGGAUACUAUGUUGGUACAGCAAUCUUGGAACUCAAAGGAAAUCCUUUCCCUGCCUUGCAACCAGAGACUCAUAAUUAUCACUAUUGGUUACAUAAUGUUUUACUGGAAGAAGCAAAAAAAGAGUUCAGAUCUGCUAGACAAGACAGAAAUGCAGGAACAACAGAACGCGGAGAUCGGGCAAAGGUCAUGAGCAGUGGAAUCACCACGGAUUGGAGUGGCCUUUUAAAAAUGAAGAAAAGUAACUUUCGGCUGCUUUUAUUGAUAGCCUUCUAUGGCCUCUUUCUUAUUCUGGGAGCAGCAAUAUUUUCGGCCAUCGAGUCUCCAUUGGAGGUGGCCGAUGUAAAAAAUAUGCGCGACCGCAAGAAUCACUUCCUCCGCACCCAUUCCUGCAUCACUGAACAAGAAUUGGAUGCCUUGUUAAUGGAUGUUGUCCAAGCAACAAACCGCGGUGUGGCUGUGACGCGAAACGUCUCUUCCGAACCAAACUGGAGUUUUGGCCAAUCCUUCUUCUUUGCCGGAACAGUUGUCACAACUAUUGGUUAUGGACACGUAACGCCCCUAUCAGAAGGAGGGAAAAUCUUCUGUAUCGUAUAUGCGUUGAUCGGAAUCCCUAUGACGUUGAUGCUACUGACAGCAUUGGUCGACCGACUUAUGGUUCCAAGCACUUGGUUGUUACGCUAUCUCAACGCUAAAUUAGGCCAUCUCUACCAGCCGUUUAACAUCCGAGUCUUCCAUCUACUAGUCAUCGCUACUAUCCUAGUCGUUUUCUUCUUUCUUGUCCCAGCAGGAGUUUUUAACGUGUUGGAACCCGAUUGGAAUUACCUUGAUUCGAUCUACUACUGUUUCAUUUCACUUACGACAAUCGGUUUGGGUGAUUAUAUUCCCGGUGACUCUCCAAAUCAGCCUCUUAGACCUCUUUAUAAGAUCGGAACCACCGUUUACCUUUUAAUUGGCUUGGUCUUUAUGGUACUGACGCUCACUGUAUUCUACGAAAUUCCGCAACUGAACGUCGGCUCUGUGUUUUUGCUGAAAUCGGAUGAAUAUGUGGCUAAUACAUCAGCCUACGAUUCAGAAAAGGCACGAAUUCAAGGAGGCCCUUCUCUUGGUGGAGUCAUGCCCUCAUCACUUGGCUCUAGCACAACUUCGGCCGUGCCGUUUGGUAGCUAUGGGGCGGGCUAUGGUGCUACUGAAGAAGAAUUAGGUCGACCUAGCCGUCAAAUAGUGCGAGUGAAAUCACGCCGAGAAGAGGACUCACCUAGUCCCGAAGACACAACUCCCGUUCACGCACGACCUUAAAAGUAAAUUCCCAUUUCAAAACCCAGCAAUUUAAUUUUUCUUUCCUUGUUUUGUUUACUCGUUACUUUAUUUCAACUCAUCAAUUCACAUCUUCUUUUACGAUAGAUAGUAAGCUGUGUGCUUACAUGCACUAUCAUUAGAUAUCAAAACAUACUCUUUUCGCCGCGAUAUUAACACCCCCUCGCCCAUCUUUUUAAUUUAAAUAUUAUUUUUUCCCAUUAAAGACUAAGCCCACUUCCGGGUGGUGAUAUGAUAAACUUUAUUUUUGUGUGAAGAAAACAAAAUUGAAAACAAAUAUGAUCUCGAUUACUCGCCAAGAUGCUGACGCGCAUCUUACUUCAAAAGUCGAAUCUUUUAAAGGAAGUCGAAGAACUUUCGAGUCAUUCAAGAAAGAAGGAUAAAGAAAACACAAAAAACCUCGAAAUAAAUUUACAAAUUUAGUUUGUAAAGUGCACCAAUUUUGUUAGGACGAUCUCUGUUUUGUUUUAUUUUUUAAAAAACUGCAUUAAACCUUCUGACACUUUGCAACAAAAAAAUUCGUGUAACCUGAGACGAGAAAGCUGUAACUAUUCUUCCUAUUUAACACUUCCCAACAUUUCCGAAUCCUUGAAAUUUGUUUGAAAUCCACUUUGAAGACAAAAGACUUUUAUGUAAAUUUCAUCUGUCGCAAAAAAGUCGCCAAAUAUUAAAACAAAACAAAAGAAAAAAAGACCAUUCGGAAUGAAUAUUGUUGAUUGUGCUUUCGAUGUCUCUAUCUCAUCUUUAUCUCUUUCUCUCGUUCACAAUCAAAGUGGUAUUUUUUUUCUUUUAUUGUAAUGCCGUAUCUCCUUGUCAAUUCACCUACAUACGAAUCGGUUUUUCUGAAAACAAAAAAAGGAUCCAUUUGAUAUGAUUAGACUUUUCCCCGAAAACAAUGCCGAAACUAUACGUUAAUUGUGUGUUGUCAAUGGCUAUUUCUAAUCCUACAGAGAAAAUACAUUAAUGUUACCUAUUCA